ACUCACUUGCCCAGCUCCUCAAGGCCUCCAACGGUGGAGGCGGAAUAAACUCCGGCCACUUUUGCAGCCGCCCGGAAUUUGAUACUCCUCCGCUCGCUCAGUGGUCGUCCCCUAUAUAGGCAAGCCUCCUUCCACCUCCCCCCUUCGCCUUCUUUCAGUUCGCUGCCAUCCUAAGCUAGCCAGGUGCUCUCUCGACCAGGUCGACAUGAUGGCUGAGUCGUGGAUGGACGUGCUGCCGCCGCCGGCGCCCUACUUCUCGGGGCAGCCGUGCUGGGUGGUGCCGGAGCGGCGGGCAGGCGGCGCCUGGACGCUGGAGGAGAACAAGGUGUUCGAGGAGGCGCUGGCGGCGAUCGACCUGGACGCGCCCGACAGGUGGGAGAUGGUGGCGCUCAUGCUGCCCCGGAAGACGGCCGCCGACGUGGUGGACCACUACCGGGCCCUGGAGAACGACGUCGGGUUCAUCGAGGCCGGCCUCGUCCCCUUCCCUCACUACGACAGCAGCUCGUCGUCGCCUUCGCCCGGCGGGUUCACCCUGGACUGGGACGGCGGCGGCGGGAACGGGUUCCGGCGCGGGUACUGCGGCCUCAAGCGCGGGCGCGCCGACCAUGAGCGGAAGAAGGGCAUCCCCUGGACCGAGGAGGAGCACAGGUUGUUCCUGAAGGGUCUGCAGAAGUACGGGCGAGGGGACUGGCGGAACAUCUCCCGGAACUACGUGACGAGCCGCACGCCGACGCAGGUGGCGAGCCACGCGCAGAAGUACUUCAUCCGGCUGACCACCGGCGGCAAGGACAACAAGCGGCGCUCCAGCAUCCACGACAUCACCACCGUGAACGUGCCAGACGACGACGACAGGCCCUCCUCGGAGUCGCCGCCUUCCGCGGCCACCACCGCCUCCGACCACUUCGGCGGGCAGCGGCACGCCUUCGUGCCGUCGAUGGGGACGCUAGGCGCUGGCCACCCCUACGGCGGCAGCGUGAAGCUCGAGCACCAGAGCCCCUUCAUGGCCGGCGCGGGCCUCGGGCUAGACGACUCGCUCCUCCUGCAGAUGCAAUGCGGCCAGCUGUGAAUUAAAGCGCGCCGGGGACGGAGCGGCGGCGUCUCACCAUCGUGAUCACCGUCGUCCUCGGGCACGGCCGCGCGCACCAGAAUUCUGUUCCAGGCCGGCGCGCUUGCCUCGACACCAGUUUGGCUGCAGAGCUGCUGCCUGUGUCUCGACCUUUCCCCUCAGAUGGUGGCGCGUAAGUGAAAACAUCUGAGAGUGACAUGGCCUCGGACGUGCUGCAACUACCUCCAUAUAUUGCAGGCCUGCGUCCAUGGACAGAACCUCAAGAACCCAUCGACGCGCCAACGUCCCGUACUGUACAUAAUUCAGCGAUGUAUAGGGCCAAGAACGAACUUGCAGUGUAGUGAAAAUCUGAAAUAAGCAGCUAGCUUGUAUCAUGGAUCAGGAGCAUCGAUCGGUCUGAAAGUUUGUUUA